AUGGCCAAACAACUUGGUUUGUGCGCAGCUCAUCUCAUCAGUUUGAACUGGAACAAACCCAAUCCUCAUCAUAAUCUUGGUCGAAUCAAACCACCAAUCAACAAACCAAUCUCCAAGUUGAAGUUCAAAUUGAACCCAGAAACGCAAUUGCAACAACACGCGAAUUUAAAAGCACUAGCUCAUCUGGAGGUGAUGAAGAAAAAGCAGCAAAAGAAACAGCUAGCUGCUUCUUCAGCUACUGAUAAUAAUAUUGAUGCUUGUUGGAUUGAUUUAUAUGUUCCGGAGAAAGCCAGGCCGUAUGCUUACCUUCUGAGAUUAUACGAAAGCGUCGCGCCGUGGCUAGUAGGGUGGCCGUAUUUCUUGUCCCUGGCAAUGGCAGCUGAAACUGGAGCCCUUCUCGACCUCAAGAUGUUGGCUCGUUUCUUUCUUAUUGCUUUCAUGGACAGAAACAUUCUUUUGACCGUUAAUGACCUUCUUGAUCAGGAUAUUGAUGCCAAGGUUGAACGAACCAAAAGGAGGCCAAUUGCAGCUGGUUUAAUCACGACAUUUCAAGGUCUCUGUUUCCUAGGCAUUCAAAUACUCAUAGAUUAUGGCCUUUAUCUUCAACUCAAUAAUUUGAGCCAGAAAGUAUGGAUUUUAUGGUUGACGUUUAGUUUUGUCUAUCCUCUCACCAAGAGAUUAACAUACUGGUCGCAAGCCUAUUUCAGUAUGACUAUGCAUGUGGGAGCGUUUAUGAGUUGGGCUGCAGUUAAAGGGAGCUUUGCACCUGCCAAUGUGUUAUUCCCACUCUACAUUUCAGGUUUCUUUUGGACCCUUUUGUAUGAGACAAUAUAUUCCUGUCAGGAUAAAGAAGAAGAUGAGAAGUUGGGGCUGAAAUCCACAGCCAUUCUGUUUGGUGACUCAAUAAAAAAUUGGCUCACGGGUUUUGGAAUAGCAACCAUUUCUGGCUUUGCUCUUACUGGAUUUAAUGCAAAGCUUGGAUGGCCAUAUUUUGCAUCUCUGGUGGUUGUUACUUCCCACUUGAUUUGGCAGAUUGUAACAGUCGAUCUUGAUGACCCCAUCGAUUGUAUAAAAAAACAAAUGUCCAACAAGUGGGUCGGAUGUAUUCUCUUCAUAGGAAUCACCCUCGGAAAACUUCUCACUUGA